GGGAGGCUGCCCGGCCGCUGCCGCCUCUCAUGCCUUCACGGCAACAAAGGGCGCGCUGAGCGGCUGUGCCGGCGCUGGGGCACCGGGAGACGAUGGCGAGAAAGGGAGAAGCCUCCGCGUCUCUCUACGGUGAACCAAGGAAAUUUGACCCAAAGUUCAGAGGACCUAUUCAUAACAGGCACUGCACAGAUGUGGUUUGCUGUGUGAUCUUCAUAGUCGUCAUUCUGGGUUACAUUGCAUUAGGAAUUGUGGCUUGGGUGCACGGCGACCCCAGGAAAGUGAUUUAUCCGACUGACAGCUACGGGCAGUUCUGUGGUCAGAAAGAUACCCCCAAUGAGAACAAGACCAUUUUGUUUUACUUUAACAUUCUGAAGUGUGCCAGCCCCAUAGUGUUAAUAAACCUACAGUGCCCUACAACACAGCUUUGUGUGUCAAAGUGCCCAGACAGGUUUGCAACCUACAUUGAUGUUCAGGCUUCCUACAGAUACAAACCAGAGCAGUGGAAUUACUUCCGGCAGUUCUGCAAGCCUGGCUUUAACAACCCCCGCAAGUCUGUUGCUCAAGUCCUACGUGAUGAAGAUUGUCCUUCGAUGAUCAUUCCAAGCAGGCCUUUUCUUAAGAGAUGCUUCCCAGACUUCUCCACAAAGAAUGGGGUGCUGACGGUGGCAAAUCAGACUACGUUCAAAGAUGGAAGAGGGAAAACAAGAAAUGUGACUGAUCUCAGGGAAGCUGCCAAUGGCAUCAAUAAUGUCCUGGAUGCAAGAUCAGUUGGAAUGAAAAUUUUUGAAGACUAUGCCAUUUCCUGGUACUGGAUUUUAAUUGGGCUGUUCAUUGCAAUGAUUGUCAGUCUGCUCUUCCUUGUGUUAUUGAGGUUCACGGCUGGGGUUCUCUUCUGGAUUUUCAUCUUUGGUGUGGUUGGAAUCAUAGGUUAUGGCAUCUGGCAUUGUUACUGGGAGUAUGAUCAUCUGAAAGGAAUACCUGGCUCUGACCUCACCAUUUACGAUAUUGGAUUCCAGACAGACUUCAGAGUGUACCUGCAACUGAGGCAAACAUGGUUAGCAUUUAUGAUAAUCCUUUGUGGUGUUGAGGUGAUAAUCAUCCUGAUGCUGAUCUUCCUAAGGAAUCGGAUCCGUAUUGCUAUUGCACUGCUGAAGGAAGGCAGUAGGGCUAUUGGCUAUAUAAUGUCUACAUUGUUUUACCCAAUCGUCACCUUCAUACUCAUUGCAAUUUGUAUUUCCUACUGGGCAGUGACAGCUGUUUUUCUGGCUACAUCAGGAGAACCUGUGUAUAAAGUAAUGGCUAAUCAAACACUGUGCAAGUAUGCAAACCUGACUUGUGACCCAGAGACUUUUAACACGACCAACGUAACUAAACUGUGUCCAGGUGCACAGUGCACUUUUGCUUUUUAUGGAGGAGAAAGCCUGUACCACAAGUACAUCUUCAUCUUCCAGUUAGCCAAUGCCUUUGUCUUUCUCUGGCUGGUGAACUUUGCCAUCGCCCUGGGUCAGUGCACCCUGGCUGGUGCCUUUGCCUCCUACUACUGGGCCUCCCGGAAGCCGGCGGAUAUCCCGCUGUGGCCACUCUUCUCUUCCUUUGGACGAGCAAUACGGUACCACACAGGGUCUCUGGCAUUUGGAGCCUUAAUUCUUGCAAUUGUCCAGCUUAUUAGAGUAGUACUUGAGUACUUGGAUCACAAACUGAAAGGUACACAGAACUCCUUCACUAGAUUUUUGCUCUGCUGCCUCAAAUGCUGUUUCUGGUGUUUGGAAAAAUUCUUAAAAUUUAUAAACAGAAAUGCCUACAUCAUGAUCGCCAUCUACGGUAAAAACUUCUGCACCUCGGCAAAGGACGCGUUCUUCCUGCUGAUGCGCAACGUGGUGAGAGUUGCAGUUCUGGACAAAGUUACAGACUUCCUUUUAUUCCUGGGGAAAAUUCUGGUUGCUGGAGGUGUAGGUGUUCUGGCAUUCUUUUUCUUCACACAGAGGAUACCAGUCUUUGCACAGGAAGCACCAACAUUAAAUUACUACUGGGUUCCAUUGUUGACAGUCAUUAUUGGCUCCUACCUAGUUGCACAUGGGUUCUUCAGCGUCUAUGCAAUGUGUGUCGACACGCUCUUCCUCUGCUUUUGUGAGGACUUGGAAAGAAAUGAUGGAUCUACAGCAAAGCCCUACUUCAUGUCAGCCAGUCUUCACCGAAUUCUGGGGAAGAAGGAGCUAAGCCCUAAGAAGGCAGUGGGAUGAAACACGUUCAACCUCAACAUCAAAACAGUGUCACUUUUAAGAGAAACAUGUAUAAAGUAGGCAAAAGUAAAAACUGUAAAUGAUGCUUCUGGUUAAUGGGUGGUUCUUUUUUCCUUUUGCUUAUAUCUAAAAAAAUGAGCAGCAUUGGUAACAUUUUAACUAGUUUAAAUACUUAAACUAACAGCUGUGAAAACAAGGCCAAGUUUUAGUUUCUAGAGUGCCUAUGAAAAGGAAAAAUGUAAAUGUGAAGCUUUUUUAAGUCUAUAAUGAUGUUUUAAUAACUUUUGUAACACAAGUUGCUGCCUUAGAUGACAGCAGUUUUGAUAAUGUUUCUUUUUAUAAAUGUAUAUUUGUAAAAGAAAUUCAGGCAAUUUUUUGAAAGCACUAACAUAUAACCUAAUUAGCCAUAAAAAGAUAGUUUGAGACUUUAGUUAACCAGGAGGUGGUACUAAACUUGUAAAUAUGGUGCUAUGAUUGUAUUUUUUGUACAAGCUGGUUCACAGCUAUUUAAACUGUGAUUACACAUGCAUUAAUGGUUCCCUACACUGAAAAAUGUAGUGAUAUUUUAAUCACAUCCUCAACUGCGUCUUUUCAGAAAUGGUGCCCUGCAGGUCCCAAAGAAGGGAGUCAGAGAAGGGUAUGGUUGAUACUGUUUAAAGUUUUCUGUGAGUUGUGCUUGAAAAGCAGUGUAGCUCAGAGAAGGUCCCACUGUGCUUGUGGUUCACACAAAGAAAGUUUCAUGUGGCACAAGGUGGUGAAUGUAUCGUCUUCAGCUGAUGUCUAGGAGAUGCAUUUGUGCUAAUGUCCUCUUAUCUCUAAGGAGUCUCUGAUUGAGUUGUACAUUAUGAGGAGGUUGAGCUUCACUGAAAGGAAAAACCAAAUGCAGUCUUUUUUUCCUUGGAAGAAAGUCUUGGCUGUGUAUGUGUGGAAGGAAUUCCAUUGGCCCUACCUAGCUCAGAAGAGUUCUCAAGGAGGUGCUGCAGAGGCCAUGCAGGUGCUGGGCCCAGCUGUGCUCUUCCUGCAGGUCCAGGCUCUUGGUGGCUCACAUAGUAAGGCAUUAAGACAUUCAGCUUGAGUCUCCUCAUGGUACAGGAUUAAUUAUUUAGCUACUGAAAGAUACUCCAAAGGAUUUAGUUUGAUUUCUUAUUAUUAAAUCUGCCUGGUAAUUAGUACCACAUCUGUUGGUAGAAAACACAUGAACUUCUGGGUGUGACCCCCCUCUUCACAGAACUGUCAGUGAGGUCAGUAUCAGCUCUGCUUGUGGAACAGAUCUUAGACUGGAGUUCUUCUCAACUUGUUACUGCCAUGAGCUGAACUGAAGAGAUUUUAAUGUAUUAGUCUCAUGGAUGCCCAAGGAGCAAACUCUAUGGAGGCCUUCCCUAGUUUUCAUGGGUUCCACCAUACUGAAUAAGAUGUCCCAUUGCUGUCUGCUUUCCAGGGGUGGCAUGUGCCAGACCUCUGCCACAUCUGGUACAGGAGUUCAGUGCCUGGGGACACUUUUCUAGCCCUGGGAGUCCCUUGGUCUUGCAAAGAAAAGGGCAAAUUCUUUUCCAGAUAACUUGAAUUCAAGUUUCUGGUGAACACUUACUGACAGUCAACAUCACAAAGUGGCUUUACUCUCUUAACUUAUGGUUCCAGUUUGUGAUGACUGUCACCUCGAGGGCAGAAAUACUGUCCUUGGUGCCACAGGUCUGGGGUCAUGUUGAUGCACAAGUGUUCACCUCCUGUGUGCCUCAGGCAUGGGCACGGUAAGAUCCUGAAAUCCUGGGAAGUGAGGUGCAAGGGACGGGAUUCCUGUGUGCAUUCUUGGUGAUCCAUUGGGCACUGGAGCCCUUCCCCCUGGUGCAGGAAUGAGUAGCUCACUUUAGCACUCAAAGUACAGUGAAGAUCUGUAGUUUUAAAUGUAACUACUGAACGUGGGCACCUUGGGGUUUUGAUAACCCCUCCUGAGAUACCCUAGAGGAAACCUGACUUUCAGAAAGGGCUCAGAAACCUACCUUCAGAAAAAAUCAGGCUCUUGACUAAUGAGGUUUUUUGUCAUCGUCGUUAUUCCUUUCUCAUUUUGUGCAUGGCACGGAUUAUAAAACCUCCCCCCAUUAUUCUGAUCUGAGAAUUAAGUCAGUAACUUUUGGGGGUAUGUGUCACCAUUCCAUGAUUAAAAAAGCUGCUGGUCUGAUUGCAGUCCAUAUGCUAAAGAUUUUUUUGUUUGUUUAAUGCUACUGUGUCAUUAGUUUGCAGCUAAAAAAACUGCAUGAAGUGAUCUAUAUUUCUACUAGAUUUGCGUUUCUUACUGGGAGCUCAACUGAAAAGCAUAUUUCUGAAUACAGUGUGCUUUUUAUCAUUUGAAUGUAACCAUAGAGUUUACUAGAAACAAAACAUGAUAGAAAUAGUAUACAGUUACUUGAUUAGAAUACUUUUGUAACAAAACUAUGCAUUUACUAAAAGGAAUUUCUAAAAAUGAAAGUUUUAAAUCGUAUUAUUAUUUAUAUACAGUAAAUAUAUAUAUGUAUAAAUUUGCUCCACUCACUAUUUUGUGAAAUUGUUUAGAAUAUAAGUGAUCAUAAUUUUUGAGAAGAAAAUUUAAAAGCCAUUUUCUUAAUGAUACAAUUAUGAGAACUGUGAAAAUACAAAGCAAUACCAUGUGGAUUUUGUAAUCAAUAAAUUGAAGAAAGAAAUAAUGAAGAUUUAAUAUUGAAAUUGGCUUUUUAAAAAUAAUAAAUUACUCUUAAUAAAUUGAGUAGAAAUUAAUGCAAGUAUUUACUUGGGAAACAAUAACUUUAAAUGUUUGAACUUGUUAUCAUGGUUCCUAAAUAACCUUGUGGGACUUGAAGACUUGCACCACAGAGGAGGUCCUAGUAGUGAUGUUUACGGAUUUGGACAUUUACUGUGUUGCUUGAUUUAGUAUAAAAUGCGUAAUUCCAUUCUUUGCUUUAGAGAGUGGAACGUGUGGCCAUCUACAACACGGCAAAUAUAUAUGCUUUGCUCCUGAGCCCACGGGAGUUGGUGACAAAGUGCCCACCCAUUCCAUGAGGCACAGGCCCCCCUGUGACACAGUGACAAAGGGCAGGUGGCUGUUCUGGGCCUGCAGUGCAGUAGAGGAGAUGUUAGAAUGGGAACUGGAGCCCCUCGUGCUGCCACUGGCAAAGGGCUCAGCAGGUCGUGCCCUUGGCUGGAGCCUUCUCUGGGGAGAAGCUUUGGGAAGGCAGGGUGGACCUGCAGCAAGACUCUUUUACAGGAAUACAAGGAACUCUUUUGAAGAUCUCAAAUAAGCAGAAUGUAGAAACCAAAACACCUGCUAUCAUGUUCAUGCAAUCAUGUUUGCUUUAGUUCUGGUUGGAUUAAUUGUGUCUCCUUCCAGCAUAUUAAUGGAUGGCUUUCAUUUGCAUGUUUUAUACCAAAGUUUUAAUGUCAAGCCUUCACAUUUUGAAAAUAAAAAAAAAAAAAAAGAAAAAGCCCCCAGAAAUAAAACAAAGAAACAAGAAAGAUGGGAUCAUUUCUUAUGCUGAGAGUUUUUUUCCAAGUAGUAUUCAGCAGCUGAUUCUUGUGUGUUACAAGGAUGCUGAAUAGUCUUUUAAACAUUAGGAUUUUAGGAUUUAAAAGUAUUAAAUAUUUUACUGUUGCAUGUUCUGCUGUAGAGCAGGAACAAGAUUUUGGCAGAUGCAAUGUGAAGCUGAUCCUGGGACAGUCAGUAAGUGUUCUUCCACAAGUGGGGUGUCAGAGAAGUGACAAUGAAUAGAGCAGCUGUCCCCAGUAGUGCAGAAUGUCUCCUUCGACCAGCGGCUCAGCCUGGACAGCCCUGUCCUCUCCAACAAAGUGCCUUACUGGCUGUUGUUUUAUCUGGCUUACAUUUUGAAGCUUCUUCACACCAUGUAGACUAGACAACAGAAAAGGCUAGAUAGGAAGAGCACUACUCUCUUUAUUUCGAGGUCACUGAUAGCAGAUGAACUGUAUGGAAGGUGUCGGGUGUGUCUGAGCUGCGCGAGGCAGCGCGCGGCGUUGCCCUGUUGCUGUGGUCAGGUCAUGACAGUAGGUGGUGUGGCCGGGGAGAAAACGUGACAAUUGUGGUGGUGUAAAUAAUUAAAUGAAACAAUGCAAGACUGUUCCAUUUUCAGUAGGUCUUCUUAUAGCUUUAAUUUAUGGUAUAGUGAACUUCAGAGUAGGGCCUGUUCUGCUUUGGGUUACAAUGAUCGUAUGUGUUGUACCCGUGCAGCUGCGGGGAGAACUGGGCUCUGGCUACUUUAAAACAAGGGAAAAAACUAGCAAAUAUAUAGUAUAUUACUGUAAUACACCUAUUUGUGUGUCUGUAAGCAUAAAGUUCAUUCUCCAUUUCAAGACUGAUAAUUUGCUAUUCUGGAACUGUUUUAUAAACGAUUCUAAAUUUUUUAACUUUUUAUACAGGUGAUGAUUUUUGAAGUAAUAUGUAAUUUGUACUGCUCUGUAAUCAAAUUAGAAAGAUAACUGUUUAUUCAUGUUUAAGUAACACUAGUGCUACUAAUUAAAAUCGUCCAUUACUCUAUGCUACAAAAUUCCACAUGUAUUUGUCCCAAAUGAUGAAUUGUAAAAUCUCGAAAAGGCUCUUAAGGUUUAAGAAACGGAAGGGAGGUUACUGUUUUAUUAAUGUGACUAUUAAGGUUUUGUUAUUAUCUUGCCAAAACCAAAUUAACAAGAGCACGACACUUUGAGCUCUAAAACCUGUUUGCUUCUGCUAUGCAGAAUUAGGACCGUAUUGUUUAAAUAUCUUUGAUAACUAAAGUGUUUAAUAUUUAAUUUUGUUGUUACUUCACUGUUUUGCAGCUCUGGGGGAUUGUUCUAAUAAAGAUUUAGAUACAAGA